AUGAUAUACAUUGUAUAAAGUGAUAUUAUGUUGAGGACCUCCAGAGCACCUGGAAUCAACAGCCCAUGUUCAAUUCAAUAUGUAAAUUCAGAGAUUUUACAGUUGGUUAGUCCUUGAGUCUAUUAUCAACCGAGAACUAAAACUAAAACCUUCAGCAAAGUCAUGAGAAACCAUGUAAAGUCCAUGUGCAAAACACAUGUAAACUGAUAUGAGACAUUUUAAUGUGCACCCUGUUUCUCUGACUGCCAUAACCACAUCUCACACCUGCAGUUUGUGAUGCUCCGUUGCUCUUUGCAUUGUUUCAGUUCUGCAUUUUGGUACUUUUUCUGGACCUUGGUGUUACUCAAUGCUUCCGCUUGCUGCUAGCUCUGAUCACUCUGCCCUGUCAUGCUUCAACGUCUGUGCAACAGACUUCCAGCCCUUCCACCUGAUUCCACCAGACACUGUAAACGUAUAACUGUGCCGUGUAGCCUAAAUAUAAAACAUUACACUUAGAACUGAGACAACACAGUUGGUUACCUGACCAAACUUUAAAGAACAGCAUACUGUGUCUCCAAACAUCACAUUACAUCCUGUCUGGGAAGGAGAAUUUGGCUCACCAGUCAAACUAAUCUGCACCCUCAGUGGCUUCUUUCCAGAUAACAUGAGUGUGACAUGGCAACAAAACAACCAUUCUCUACAAAUUGCACAUAUCCAAAGGAAGCUGCAGAGUGUGGAGGGAAUGGAGAAAACCUUCAGUCAAAUCAGUGAAAUUGAGCCAAAUAUGACAGAGUGGGAAGAUGGCUCAAAUUUUACAUGCAAGGCCACUCACAACAACAAUGAAUUUAUGAAAACAAUAAGUAUUUGUCAAAUCCAUGCAAACACCAUUCCAUACAUUCAUGUGGAGAUUCCCAGCUUCAAGACAGUAAUGAUGGCAGCAUCUGAGGUGAAGGCAACAUGUUUGGUUCACAUAGUUCUUGAUGCCACGGUGACCUGGCUGAUGGAUGGGACAGUCACAGCAAGUGGCAAAGUAAAGAAAACUGCAAAUGAAACUCAUGUUCUCAGUGAAGUGACCGUUUCAUCAAGCCGGUGGAAACAACUCAAGUUCAUAACAUGCAGAGCUGUCCAUAGGUGCUUCCCAUCUACUGAGAGGACUGUGAGUGUUGCAGAACCUGCAGGUGCAGCUCCAGUGGUUGAGAUCAGAAGAUCUCUCCCAGAUUUGCUAAAAGAAAACAGUGCUGUGCUGGAGUGUGACGUCACACAACUCUCAUCAGCUGACCUGUACAUCACCUUUCAGGCCAACGGAGUUGAUAUUUCUGAGAAACAGUAUGUUGAUCUUCCCGAAGGGCCAGGCCUCCAAUCAGUCAGCAGACGCUUCCCUGUCCCUUCAGAGUACUGGAAUAAAGACACAACUUUCACCUGCAAAGUCAAUCAAGGUUUUUCCAGCUCCUUUGAGUCAAACUCCACUGGCAAUAUUUUUGAGGACCCAUCAGCAGAGCUCCUUCUGGUCCCCAGUGAAGGUUCAGGACCACAGAGACUCUUAUGCUCUGGAUGGGGCUUCAACCCUCAAAUUCAUUGGUUUUCUGGAUCUCAGCAAAGAUCUUCUUCAUCCAAUGACAUCAGCAUGAGUGCAGAUGGACGUGUGGCAGUAACCAGUCAACUGGAUGUUCCUCAGACAGAGUGGAAAACAGGGAAAGUGUUCACAUGUGAAGUGUCUGACAGGUCUCUGAACAAAAAUGUCAGAAAGGACAUCAGCCUCUGCUCAGUUCAUUCAAGCGCCCCUCCUUCCAUUCAUGUAGAGAUUCCCAGCUUCAAGACAGUAAUGAUGGCAGCAUCUGAGGUGAAGGCAACAUGUUUGGUUCACACUGGUUUUGAUGCCACAGUGACCUGGCUGAUGGACAGGACAGUCACAGCAAGUGGCAAAGUAAAGAAAACUGCAAAUGAAACUCAUAUUCUCAGUGAAGUGACCGUUUCAUCAAGCCGGUGGAAACAACUCAAGUUCAUAACAUGCAGAGCUGUCCAUAGGUGCUUCCCAUCUACUGAGAGGACUGUGAGUGUUGCAGAACCUGCAGGUGCAGCUCCAGUGGUUGAGAUCAGAAGAUCUCUCCCAGAUUUGCUAAAGGGAAACAGAGCUGUGCUGGAGUGUGAUGUCACACAACUCUCAUCAGCUGACCUGUACAUCACCUUUCAGGCCAACAGAGUUGAUAUUUCUGAGAAACAGUAUGUUGAUCUUCCCGAAGGGCCAGGCCUCCAAUCAAUCAGCAGACGCUUCCCUGUCCCUUCAAAGUACUGGAAUAAAGACACAACUUUCACCUGCGAAGUCAAUCAAGGUUUUUCCAGCUCCUUUGAGUCAAACUCCACUGGCAAUAUUUUUGGGGACCCAUCAGCAGAGCUCCUUCUGGUCCCCGGUGAAGGUUCAGGACCACAGAGACUCUUAUGCUCUGGAUGGGGCUUCAACCCUCAAAUUCAUUGGAUUUCUGGAUCUCAGCAAAUACCGUCUUCAUCCAGUGACAUCAGCAUGAGUGCAGAUGGACGUGUGGCGGUAACCAGUCAACUGGAUGUCCCUCAGACAGAGUGGAAAACAGGGAAAGUGUUCACAUGUGAAGUGUCUGACAGGUAUCUGAACAAAAAUGUCAGAAAGGACAUCAGCCUCUGCUCAGUUCAUUCAAGCGCCCCUCCUUCCAUUCAUGUGGAGAUUCCCAGCUUCAAGACAGUAAUGAUGGCAGCAUCUGAGGUGAAGGCAACAUGUUUGGUUCACACUGGUUUUGAUGCCACAGUGACCUGGCUGAUGGACGGGACAGUCACAGCAAGUGGCGAAGAAAAGCAAACUGCAAAUGAAACUCAUAUUCUCAGUGAAGUGACCGUUUCAUCAAGCCGGUGGAAACAACUCAAGUUCAUAACAUGCAGAGCUGUCCAUAGGUGCUUCCCAUCUACUGAGAGGACUGUGAGUGUUGCAGAACCUGCAGGUGCAGCUCCAGUGGUUGAGAUCAGAAGAUCUCUCCCAGAUUUGCUAAAAGAAAACAGUGCUGUGCUGGAGUGUGACGUCACACAACUCUCAUCAGCUGACCUGUACAUCACCUUUCAGGCCAACGGAGUUGAUAUUUCUGAGAAACAGUAUGUUGAUCUUCCCGAAGGGCCAGGCCUCCAAUCAGUCAGCAGACGCUUCCCUGUCCCUUCAGAGUACUGGAAUAAAGACACAACUUUCACCUGCAAAGUCAAUCAAGGUUUUUCCAGCUCCUUUGAGUCAAACUCCACUGGCAAUAUUUUUGAGGACCCAUCAGCAGAGCUCCUUCUGGUCCCCAGUGAAGGUUCAGGACCACAGAGACUCUUAUGCUUUGGAUGGGGCUUCAACCCUCAAAUUCAUUGGUUUUCUGGAUCUCAGCAAAGAUCUUCUUCAUCCAGUGACAUCAGCAUGAGUGCAGAUGGACGUGUGGCAGUAACCAGUCAACUGGAUGUUCCUCAGACAGAGUGGAAAACAGGGAAAGUGUUCACAUGUGAAGUGUCUGACAGGUCUCUGAACAAAAAUGUCAGAAAGGACAUCAGCCUCUGCUCAGUUCAUUCAAGCGCCCCUCCUUCCAUUCAUGUAGAGAUUCCCAGCUUCAAGACAGUAAUGAUGGCAGCAUCUGAGGUGAAGGCAACAUGUUUGGUUCACACUGGUUUUGAUGCCACAGUGACCUGGCUGAUGGACGGGACAGUCACAGCAAGUGGCGAAGAAAAGAAAACUGCAAAUGAAACUCAUAUUCUCAGUGAAGUGACCGUUUCAUCAAGCCGGUGGAAACAACUCAAGUUCAUAACAUGCAGAGCUGUCCAUAGGUGCUUCCCAUCUACUGAGAGGACUGUGAGUGUUGCAGAACCUGCAGGUGCAGCUCCAGUGGUUGAGAUCAGAAGAUCUCUCCCAGAUUUGCUAAAGGGAAACAGAGCUGUGCUGGAGUGUGAUGUCACACAACUCUCAUCAGCUGACCUGUACAUCACCUUUCAGGCCAACAGAGUUGAUAUUUCUGAGAAACAGUAUGUUGAUCUUCCCGAAGGGCCAGGCCUCCAGUCAAUCAGCAGACGCUUUCCUGUCCCUUCAAAGUACUGGAAUAAAGACACAACUUUCACCUGCAAAGUCAAUCAAGGUUUUUCCAGCUCCUUUGAGUCAAACUCCACUGGCAAUAUUUUUGGGGACCCAUCAGCAGAGCUCCUUCUGGUCCCCAGUGAAGGUUCAGGACCACAGAGACUCUUAUGCUCUGGAUGGGGCUUCAACCCUCAAAUUCAUUGGAUUUCUGGAUCUCAGCAAAUACCGUCUUCAUCCAGUGACAUCAGCAUGAGUGCAGAUGGACGUGUGGCGGUAACCAGUCAACUGGAUGUCCCUCAGACAGAGUGGAAAACAGGGAAAGUGUUCACAUGUGAAGUGUCUGACAGGUAUCUGAACAAAAAUGUCAGAAAGGACAUCAGCCUCUGCUCAGUUCAUUCAAGCGCCCCUCCUUCCAUUCAUGUGGAGAUUCCCAGCUUCAAGACAGUAAUGAUGGCAGCAUCUGAGGUGAAGGCAACAUGUUUGGUUCACACUGGUUUUGAUGCCACAGUGACCUGGCUGAUGGACGGGACAGUCACAGCAAGUGGCGAAGAAAAGCAAACUGCAAAUGAAACUCAUAUUCUCAGUGAAGUGACCGUUUCAUCAAGCCGGUGGAAACAACUCAAGUUCAUAACAUGCAGAGCUGUCCAUAGGUGCUUCCCAUCUACUGAGAGGACUGUGAGUGUUGCAGAACCUGCAGGUGCAGCUCCAGUGGUUGAGAUCAGAAGAUCUCUCCCAGAUUUGCUAAAGGGAAACAGUGCUGUGUUGGAGUGUGAUGUCACACAACUCUCAUCAGCUGACCUGUACAUCACCUUUCAGGCCAACGGAGUUGAUAUUUCUGAGAAACAGUAUGUUGAUCUUCCCGAAGGGCCAGGCCUCCAAUCAGUCAGCAGACGCUUCCCUGUCCCUUCAAAGUACUGGAAUAAAGACACAACUUUCACCUGCAAAGUGAAACAAGGUUUUUCCGGCUCCUUUGAGUCAAACUCCACUGACAAUAUUUUUGGGGACCCAUCAGCAGAGCUCCUUCUGGUCCCCGGUGAAGGUUCAGGACCACAGAGACUCUUAUGCUCUGGAUGGGGCUUCAACCCUCAAAUUCAUUGGUUUUCUGGAUCUCAGCAAAGACCAUCUUCAUCCAGUGACAUCAGCAUGAGUGCAGAUGGACGUGUGGCAGUAACCAGUCAACUGGAUGUCCCUCAGACAGAGUGGAAAACAGGGAAAGUGUUCACAUGUGAAGUGUCUGACAGGUCUCUGAACAAAAAUGUCAGAAAGGACGUCAGCCUCUGCUCAGUUCAUUCAAGCGCCCCUCCUUCCAUUCAUGUGGAGAUUCCCAAAUUCAAGACAGUAAUGAUUGCAGCACUUGAGGUGAAGGCAACAUGUUUGGUUCACACUGGUUUUGAUGCCACAGUGACCUGGUUGAUGGACGGGACAGUCACACCAAGCAACACUGUGAGCCGUGGCACAAACACAACUCAUAUAAUAAGCAAUGUGACGAUUUCUUCAAGUCAGUGGAAACAACUUAAAUUUAUAACAUGCAGAGCUGAACAUGAGUGCUUCUCAUCCUCAGAGAGAACUGUGAAUGUUAAAGAACCUGCAGGUGCAGCUCCAGUGGUUGAGAUCAGAAGAUCUCUCCCAGAUUUGCUAAAGGGAAACAGUGCUGUGCUGGAGUGUGACGUCACACAACUCUCAUCAGCUGACCUGUACAUCACCUUUCAGGCCAACAGAGUUGAUAUUUCUGAGAAACAGUAUGUUGAUCUUCUCGAAGGGCCAGGCCUCCAAUCAAUCAGCAGACGCUUCCCUGUCCCUUCAGAGUACUGGAAUAAAGACACAACUUUCACCUGCAAAGUCAAUCAAGGCUUUUCCAGCUCCUUUGAGUCAAACUCCACUGGCAAUAUUUUUGGGGACCCAUCAGCAGAGCUCCUUCUGGUCCCCGGUGAAGGUUCAGGACCACAGAGACUCUUAUGCUCUGGAUGGGGCUUCAACCCUCAAAUUCAUUGGAUUUCUGGAUCUCAGCAAAGAUCUUCUUCAUCCAGUGACAUCAGCAUGAGUGCAGAUGGACGUGUGGCAGUAAGCAGCCAACUGAAUGUCCCUCAGACAGAGUGGAAAACAGGGAAAGUGUUCACAUGUGAAGUAUCUGACAGGUCUCUGAACAAAAAUGUCAGAAAGGACAUCAGCCUCUGCUCAGUUCAUUCAAGCGCCCCUCCUUCCAUUCAUGUGGAGAUUCCCAGCUUCAAGACAGUAAUGAUGGCAGCAUCUGAGGUGAAGGCAACAUGUUUGAUUCACACUGGUUUUGAUGCCACAGUGACCUGGCUGAUGGACAGGACAGUCACAGCAAGUGGCAAAGUAAUGAAAACUGCAAAUGAAACUCAUAUUCUCAGUGAAGUGACCGUUUCAUCAAGCCAGUGGAAACAACUCAAGUUCAUAACAUGCAGAGCUGUCCAUAGGUGCUUCCCAUCUACUGAGAGGACUGUGAGUGUUGCAGAACCUGCAGGUGCAGCUCCAGUGGUUGAGAUCAGAAGAUCUCUCCCAGAUUUGCUGAAGGGAAACAGUGCUGUGCUGGAGUGUGAUGUCACACAACUCUCAUCAGCUGACCUGUACAUCACCUUUCAGGCCAACGGAGUUGAUAUUUCUGAGAAACAGUAUGUUGAUCUUCCCGAAGGGACAGGCCUCCAAUCAAUCAGCAGACGCUUCCCUGUCCCUUCAGAGUACUGGAAUAAAGACACAACUUUCACCUGCAAAGUCAAUCAAGGUUUUUCCAGCUCCUUUGAGUCAAACUCCACUGGCAAUAUUUUUGAGGACCCAUCAGCAGAGCUCCUUCUGGUCCCCAGUGAAGGUUCAGGACCACAGAGACUCUUAUGCUCUGGAUGGGGCUUCAACCCUCAAAUUCAUUGGAUUUCUGGAUCUCAGCAAAUAACUUCUUCAUCCAGUGACAUCAGCAUGAGUGCAGAUGGACGUGUGGCAGUAACCAGUCAACUGGAUGUCCCUCAGACGGAGUGGAAAACAGGGAAAGUGUUCACUUGUGAUGUUUUUGAUGCAUCUUUGAACAAAAACGUCAAAAAGGACAUGAGCCUCUGCUCAGUAACUCCAGCAUCAUCCCAGAUGGUUGCCGUAUAUGUUCAGGGACCACCGGUCCACGAGCUUCAAAAAAAGGGACCGGUGACCAUCACCUGUCUUCUGGUCGGCCCUUCUUUAAAUGAUUUCUCCAUCACCUGGAGAGUGGGUGUGAAAAAAUAUUCUCUCCAUAUCUAUACAGAGCACCCAGUGAGUCAUAGCAAUGGGUCAGAGACUUUGAGGAGCUUCCUGAAUGUGUCAGCAGAGGAUUGGCAUGCAUAUAAACAAGUGUCUUGUGAGGGGAAGCACAGAUGUUCCAGCCAGGGCUACAAGGACCACAUUAGCAAAAGCAGUGAUGUGUAUCCACCAACAGUCAGGAUAAUGCAACCAACUGCCUCUGAGCUGUCUACGUCAGACGUCCUCACACUGCUUUGCCUAGUUUCUGGAUUUUUCCCAUCCAGCCUCAUAGUUUACUGGGAAGAGAAUGGCCAGAGACUCCCCUCAAGUCGCUACACCAAUAGUGCUGUGUGGAAAUACCCAGGGGGCAGCACUUAUUCAAUGAGCAGCAGACUGAACGCAUCCAAGACUCAGGACAAAGAGUCUACGUAUUCUUGCGUUGUUAAACAUGAGUCAUCUGAAAUGCCUUUUGAAAGCACUAUUGAGGAUGUGUUUGCUUCAGUCACCCACUCCAAACCUUCAGCCACCUUACUCCAGGGCUCUGAUGAACUUGUGUGCCUGGUCUUUGGCUUCAGCCCUGCAUCCAUUAACAUCACGUGGUUUCUCAAUAACACCAAGGAACUGUUGGACUGCCACACUAGUGAACCUCACAGAGGCCAGGAGACAGGAAAGUUCAGCAUCCAAAGCCACCUUCGUCUAUCCCAGGUCACGUGGUUACCUGGGUCGGUUGUCACCUGCAGGGUGUCACAUGCCAGCACCACCCUCUCCCUGAAUAUAUCUAAACCAGAUGCAGACGUCAUGAAGGACUGUAUUGUCACGAGUAAUGUCAUUGGAAGUGAUGUGGAUGAACACAUAGGGGUGGAAAGCUGGUAUAUGGCUUUCAGUUUUCUCCUUUUUUUCCUUAUCGCCAUCAUCUAUGGUGUCCUGGCUACCAUUAUUAAGACAAAAUGAUUACGAUCACCACAGGCCAGAAUCCAUCUUGUGAUCCAAAUGUGAACUUUUGGGGAGUUCUGAUGGCAUAUGGCCGAACAAGUUUAAAACUGUAUUGAUGGCUUUUUUUCUUUUUUAAUAUUUCUAUUACUGUAUUUUAUAUAAUUGGCUUGCAUAGUUUUCAUUUGAUUUCAUUCAUUUUAUUUUGUAGUUACAUGUAGUAUUUGGUGUGGCAUGUAAUGCAUGUGUGUAAAAGGAAACAAUAAAUGAAUAAACACUGAGGAAAAGA